AUGUUGUCGUUGAAAGGAUCCGUUCCACUGCCGUACUCUAUUGAAUACGCGAAAUCCGGACGAUCAAAGUGCAAAAAGUGCAAAAAAUGUAUUGCAGAGGUGAGGAAUUUAUCUAGAAAAAAUUUAGCGCAUUUUUUCAAACCCCUAUGUUGCAGGGCACUCUGCGAAUGGCAGUUUGUGAGCCGUCCAGCUAUUUCGACGGAAACGUCGAUAAUUGGUACCAUUUCCCCUGUUUUUGGAGAUAUCUAAACCCGAAAAGGGACGAGAUAAACUUGCGAUCGAUUCGAAAUGUCGAAGGUCUUCGAUGGGAAGACCAGGUAACUGUUUUAAAAACUUUUUCGACUUGUUCAUUUUGUCAUUCCAGGAAGCUCUCCGCGAGAGGAUCGCCAAUUUCAAGGCGCCGCGUGCGGAUUCCGAGCUCGACUCCUCGUUUUCGGGUCGUUUGUGUCGUCUGCCGAUGGUGAAAACGGACAUAUCGAUCACGAAUCGCGGGAAAUGUCAGAGAUGCGGAAAGAAUUUCGAGAAGGGCGAGACGAAGAUGAGCGAAAAAGGGCCUGGACAGUGGGCCCACGCCGCCUGUCUGUUCGCUGCCUACGACCGAUUCCAUGGCCAGUUGGAGGAGAUUCCCGGAUGGGAAAACAUUGAGGCGGAGGAGAGGAUCCGCAUUGCCGGCGAGUUCUCGAAGAUUCCCGACGAGAAACGCACGAGGGAAAAAAUCGAGGUGGAAGAGGUGGAAGAGGUGGAAGCCGAGGAAAAACUAGAAAAACCCAGAAAAAGUGCGGAAAACACGACGAUCAAAAGAGCGGCUUGUGUGGAUUUGGAGGAGGAAGACGAGGAGGAGGCCGAGAAACGACGCAAAAUUGGAAAAGAGGCCAAGUUGGCGGCGUUGAGGCAGCAAAGAAUGAAGGUUGGACGGGUUUCUGGCGAUUUUCUGUGUUCAAACAAUUCGAAUUUACAGAGACAAGUGGACCGUCUGUGGGAAUAUCGUCAAAUAUUCGAGACGAUGACGAAUUCCGACAAAAAGGUGAUUCUGAAGGAGAACGAUCAGGACAUUCCCGAAGGACACGACACCACCGCUUUGGUACGCGUGCGAGCUUUGAUGAAAAUGAGAACAUUUUCCGAUUUUCAGUUGAUAGACCGUCUGGUGGACAACGCGCUGUUCGGCUGUCCGAUCGGGUGUUCCCAGUGCGCGGACGGCAAGAUCGUCUACAACUCGACGCGUCGCACGUACGUCUGCACCGGAUACGCGACCGAGUACUCCAAGUGCACCUACGAGGACCGCAAUCCGGUGCGCACGCCGUUCCACCUGCCCGACUCGAUCCGAAAAAUGUACCGCAUGUCCGAGUGGACAUUCAACGAUAUGUUCGAGCGGCUGUACCUCGAGGAGGAGCAGCUCGGCGAGCACGUCGUCGUGCGCGAGAAGAAACAUGCCAAUCCCGGCGACGGGGAUUUCAUCUACGCGGCCGAGGCGUUCGACGCCAACUGCCGUGUGCCCGUGAAGAUUGGCGACGUGCUGCCCGGCACCAGCACUCAUAUCAUCAAAAAUGGAACGGUCGUGGAUGCGAAGUGCCCGUACGCGGACAGAUGUCACGUGCUCAAAGAAGAGCCCGACGGAGCACUCUUCCAGGCGACUCUCAGCUUCACCGAUGUCACCCAGAACAAGAACUCGUAUUAUAAGAUUCAGUUGUUGAAGGAGGAUUGUAAAGAGUACGUUGCGGAGAAAGUCGCUGCAUUUCCUAAAAUAAAGCGCUCCUUCCGAAAAACGACUUUUUUUGCAGCAUCUACUACGUGUUUCGCUCGUGGGGCCGCGUGGGCACGGACGUCGGCGACACGCGGACAGAGUGCUUCAUUCGCGAGGAUGCGAUCAAGAACUUCGAGAAGGUCUUCUUCGAAAAGACGAAAAACGAGUGGAAGUACCGGAAACAUUUUCGCAAAAUGCCCGGAAUGUUCAGUUUCGUCGAGACUGACUUCUCCGAAUUUGUACGUUUUGCGAACAAUUUUAACUGAUUUCAAUGGAAUAAUCUCGCAGGAAGAGCUGAAAAACACGGACGUGCUGCCGGGAUCGCGGACGCGUCUUCCGCAAUCGGUCAAAGAGAUUAUGAUGUCGAUUUUUGACGUGGAAAACAUGAAGUCGGCGCUGAAAUCGUUCGAAAUGGACGUCAACAAGAUGCCAUUGGGCCGUCUGAGCCGCAAACAGAUUUUGCGGGCGUUCGGCGUGCUCACAGAGCUCGGAGAGCUGCUCGCCGAGUUUCCGGUCAACGCGGCCAAGAUUGUGGACGCGACGAACAAGUUCUACACGAUCAUCCCGCACAAUUUCGGAAUGAAAGUGCCCGAGCAGAUUGACAGCCUUCAUAAGGUCAAGGUGAGCGCUUUCUUUCUAUUUUCCAACUUGCAUAACGAAAAUUGAAUUCCAGGAGAAGAACAACAUGCUGAACGCGCUUCUCGACAUAAAAUACGCGUACGAUCAGAUUUGCGGCGGCGAGGAUCCGAAGGGCGGCCUGGUGGGCAGAGAUCCGGUCGACACGAACUACGAGAAGCUCAAGUGCACACUGGCGGUACUUUUCAAACCCGAAAAUCGCUUUUUUCCCCAGAUAUUUUUCGAAUUUGUAAUAAAAAAACCAAUUUGCAGCCACUGGAACGGAGCUCGACGGACUGGAAGCACAUCGAGGAGUACAUGAACAAUACGAGAGGAUCGACGCACGAUGUCGACGUCGAACUCAUCGAUGUGAGCGUAUUCCGGAGAUUUCGACACUGCAGAAAUGUCCCUUGACGUUGUUCCGUAUCAACCCCCAAAAGCACAGAUUUUUACGAUUUCUACUCGAUUUUUCUCGAGUCGAUCCGUUGUUCGCUCACGUGGCGUGGGUGCGGAUCACAACACAUCAAGCGUUUCGAUCUUUGGCGAUCAGUAGUAGGGCUCCUUGCCGGAUGGAGACUUCCUCUCUGAGCGAGUCACUCCAUCUCAUCGGCGGUCUUCCGGGAUCCACUCUCAUCGUGGUCCACACCUGUUGUCCGUCUUGCGCAUUAUGUGUUCAGCCCAUCCCAGCGUUCUUCUUUUCUUGAUGUGGAGUAGGGGGUCGCUGACUUUGGAUAGAUUUCUCGGUGCAUUUUGUGCAGUGUCUAAUUUUUUGAGUGAAUCUGUACAACUUCUUUUCAGAUUCUGCGUGUGGAUCGUGAAAGCGAGGCGGCGAAGUUCAAACGUGGCCUGGCGAAUCGGAUGCUGUUGUGGCACGGCUCCGGAAAGAUGAACUUUGCGGGCAUCCUCGGUCAGGGCCUCCGAAUUGCACCGCCCGAGGCACCCGUCUCGGGCUACAUGUUCGGAAAGGGCGUCUAUUUCGCCGACAUGUUCACCAAGAGCUUCUUCUAUUGUCGGGUACGAAUAUUUGGCCGUCGAUUUUUUGAACGCAUUCCAAUUUCCCAAUAUUUGCAGGCGUCGCAUCGAGACGAGGCGUACCUGCUGCUGUGUGACGUGGCACUCGGCGAAGUGUGUCCUCUGAUGGCCGCCACAACGAUGUCGGCGAAGACGUUGCCGAAAGGAACCGCCUCUGUCAAAGGUUUGUGCGCGGAAGAGCGUUUUUCAAUGUUAUUAAUGCAGAAAUUUAAAAAAUUGCAGGACUGAGCAAAAGGCCGGGACUUUUGACGCACUUGCAUUGAUCCGAUCGGGCCCAAACUUUGCAGGCUUCUUGGACUUGGAUUCAAGUAUAUUGGGUCCAAGUUUCAAAUGGAUCGGAUCAUCUGGCCCCGAGAUAUACUCGUUUGAGGCCGCAGAGGCCACAGCUUUCGCAUAAACUCGGCCUUUUCGGCCUCAAACGAGUAUAUCUCGGGACCAGAUGAUCCGAUCCAUCUGAAACUAGGGCCCAACAUACUCCAAUCCAAUUCCACGAAUCCUGCAAAGUUUGGGACCAAUCGGAUCAUUGCAAGUGGGUCAAAAGUCCAGGCCUUCGAAAAGGCUGCGCCGAAAUUUGGCCAGCCCUGAAAAAUUGUGACAUUUUUUGCAAAAUCAAUUUUUUAGGACUCGGCCGCGAAAGCCCGGACCCGACGGGCAAUUUUUCGCAUUCGGACGGAUACGUGAUUCCGAAAGGACACAAAAUCAUCAAUUUCGACGGAAGACAGUACACGGACUAUCAUCUCCUGUACAACGAGUACGUUAUUAAAGAAGGCGUCCGGAGAGGAUAAUUUUGAAAAACACUCUGACACUGCAGAAAUGUACCUUGACGGUGUUCCGUUUCAACCCCUAAACCACAGAUUUUUACGAUUUCUCCUCGUCUUUUUCAGCAGCAAACUGCUGUUUAUCGAUUUUUUUCAGUUUUCCGAAAAAAACAUGUUUUCUCCAGAAAACAUGAUGAACAGCAAUUUACUUUUGAUCCUAAUAUUGAUAAUUUGCAGAUACAUUGUGUACGACGUGGAUCAAAUUCAGCUCAAGUAUCUGGUGCGCGUCAAGUUGCUCAAUCACGCCUGUCAUCGUUAG